UAUUGAAUACACGAUGAAAAAAGGUCAUUAUCGUCGGUACAAAUAUUGGUGGUUGCGAAACCUCUACAUUCAAAUUAAUUUUCCAUAACAUUGAAUCUGGCGGUUGAACACGAUACACUAUAAGUUGUAAUCAUGUUUCGCACAAAGUGUAAAGAACACGAUCACUCAUCUUUCUAUCGGUUCUUGCAAAUGGAGCACAGUCAUAAGAAUACCGACUGUUAUUUUUUCUAUUACUCAACAUGCACAAAGGGUGAUAACUGUCCAUUUAGACAUGAACCAUCUGCCUUGGGUUGUGAAACAAUGUGCGUAUAUUGGAAGCAGGGCAAAUGCUUUGAUGAACAUUGUAACUUUAGGCAUAUGGAAUUAAGAAAAAAUCGCAAGUCGAUCCCAUGUUAUUGGGAAACACAACCUGGCGGUUGUAGAAAACCACACUGUUCAUUUAUGCAUAAAAAUGCUCGUACAAUUACUAAUGAUCCUAUUAAUCCAGUAAAAAAUUUUGAUUUAACAUCAAAAACAAUGAAUCAAGAAUGGUCAAAUCGUCAAGAUGACACAAAAUAUGAUGGUAGUAGUACUGAAUCAGAUCAAGGUAGAGGAAGCAGUGAAGCAGGCAGUUUUAUUGGCAGUCCAGCUGUUGAUCCUCUUAUCGUCAAAUUUGAAGAAGAAUCGGACAAUGAAAGUGUACCGUCUCCGGUAAAGCCGCAGCUGAGGGUACCAUACUGCAAAACAUACGAGGAGAUUCGUCUGGAGGAGAUUCAAGCCGAAAGCGCCGCCUACUAUUCCUAUAAGGCUGAAGACUAUCAAAGUGAUGCUAGUGACGGGAAGAUCAAGACCCGUAGGACCAAACAAAUCUGUCGGUAUCUGCCAAUGCGCAACGAUUCGAGCGACAAAAAAGAAUUGGACUUCGAGGUUCUCUCAUUGGAUGAGAUUCGUCGCCGAAAAUACAAAGGUUUUGAAGAAAAUAAAAUCAGAAGCACAGAAUCGAUGGAUUCAAUCAAUACAAAGGAAUCGACAGAAUGUCUGAAAGACGCCGUAGAAACAGAGGCUGAAUUUAAAGAAGCAAUUUCUGUUAGAGGAGUGAAGAGACAUUUGAAAAAUGUAGAAGAGGACACUUCUAAGUGCAAAGUGAAGUGUAAUAACGAUCGUAGCGCCAUCUCGAGCAGUGUGCCGCCUGUGAAGCUCAGAAGAUCUCCAAAGAGGUUAAGUUUGCUGCACAGUGAAGAACGAGAUGGAAAAAUUGGUCAAGAGGAGCCAAUCGAAGAAAAGAAAGAAGGAUUUGGUAGAAAUAGUCCCGAAUCAAGUUCUAUAGAAAGAUUGAACGAAUCAAAUUCGACGAGUUCGAAUAGUAGACCUAGGAAGAAUGAAGUUGAGGUUAGAUUAUGUGAUAGCAGCACGAACGAGGAUCAGGUGCAAUUAGAAAUAAGUGAAGAGAAGAAAUCGGUUGAUACGUACAAUGUGGUGGAUUCUAAAGAAGCAGACAGUUUGUUGAAUGAAAAUGAAGAGGAUUAUUUGACAUUGGACACGUCGUCGGAUGAUAUUUUGAAGGAUAUCGACGCGUUGCUCAAAGAUAAAACGUGGAGGCGAAGCUAAGGAAAGGUGUACUUAUGUGAAAAAUCGACUGGAAUAACAUUUGCUCAUUUUCUAUGGUUUGUUUCUCUUUCUAUCAAUAAUCGAUGAGUGGAGAAAUAAAAUUCUUCGGUCGACUUGCUUUCCACAUUUUCGAGCUGACUGAGGGAUUCUGUCUGGUUUUUUUUACCACAAAUGAGAUAAGCGAGACUGUCCAUAGAUAGAAUUUUGUCGUAGGUUGAUUCUUCAAUAAACGAAGAAGAUUUUUAGAUAAUUAUUGUACUAAUUAUCGUUGUGGAGACUAGUAAAAAAUGAGGAGAAUCGUAUCUUCGAAUUCGAUUGUUUCGUGGAGGCCUGUAUUCUAUUUAAGCGAUAUGGGCGUAAUUUGUGUCUGAAGGAAUGAAUGAAGAAUUUUAGAUUCUUGCGUGGUUAUUGAUCAAUACUUAAUAUUUUUGUUCUGAUUUAGCAGAAUAUACAGGGUAUCCCAGUAAUCAAGGUAUGAUUACACAACACUCUACGUGAUAAAGCAAAUUGAAAAUAUAGAAUAACAUUUGCAAAACUUGUCAAAUAUACUUAACUUUUGCUAAUUCCAGGCUACACAGGAGUAGAUAAUCGAUAUGAGGUUAUUCUAUGUGCGGAAAUAAUUACAAACUGUAGAAUACAAUUUUUUCAUAGGAUCAAUUUCCGUUUCCGACAAUAUUAAAUUCGACAAUUUGUUAAAUGCACGUAUUACAUCAAAUGACUUUAAACGGAAGAAUUGUAUUCCACAUUUUUGUCUGAUUUUCGCAUGUGGAAUAUUUUCCUGCUGAUUGUUCACUCGCAUACGAAUAAGUAAUUAUUCGAGUUCACGUGUUGUACCAAACAAAUCUUUAAAUUCGAUUUUAUUAACAAUGAAAAUUCCGUAUGAAAAACUUUUAUUUUAUAUCUUCAAGUUAUUUUUUACGUAGAAUCACGCAUUUGUUGAUUGUACUACGAUAGCUGGGGAUACUCUGCAUCCUUAGUAUUUUCAAUAUUUUUAAAAUUUAAUAUUCAAUUUCAUUCAAUUUCAUUUUUUCUUUUAUCUACUUAAUAUAAAAUAACUAACAAUUGGAAGAAUGAAUGAUUGAUUUGAAAAUAUAAAUUAAUUUGGGAAAAAUAGUUUCGAUUUAAUGUUUGCAGAAGGUUCACGAACCUUGCUUGUUUAUUAUUCCAAUAUUUUUCCGUUCGAUAUGAUUUUAAUACAGUGUUAUGUAUCUUAUUAUAUAAUUUCUGUGUUAUAACAUUUGGUCACGAAUGCAUUUGCACCGUUUUUAUUUAUCCUUUCGUAUUUUUCUUCCGAUUAUUAUGCGCGUUUUAUUUAUUCGAACAAACGAGAUGAAAUUUCUUGUACAUCAUAUAUGUAUUAUAUUUAUAUACAGAGUGUAAAAAUAUAAUGAUUUGAAAUUUUAAAAACUUACAAUACUUAUUAAGCGGAUUAAAAGAUGCUUAAUCAAUAUCGAAUCUAUAAUUAAUUUUUUCAACAAAAAUGUAAUUUUAUAUUUUCAAACAAUUUAGGUACUUACGUCUCGUGGUAAUACUAUUAUUAAAAUUUAUUAUAUAAAUCAAAUUUAAUAAAAUUUAAUAAUAAAAUUCAUAAUAAUAAAAUUUAAUAAUAAAAUUUUAGAACCAAUGUUGAUUGAACAUUUUUUAUUCUCUUCAGUAGAUAUCGUAAGUUUUUAAAGUGUGAGAUACUUGCUUUUUUAACAUUUCUAUUAUACAGGAUAAUUCAUCUAAUUUUAAGUCACCAAAAAUGGCUUAUAACUCUGAUUUUUUAUAUGAAAUGUAUAUCAUGUGACUUUUCUCUGAAAUGUCUUUUCUUAUAACAGUCAAAAUUACACGAUUAAUUUAAUUACUCUGUAUAUAAAUAAUGAAAUAAUUUAAACAAGAUGCUGAGAAUAUUUUAUUCUCGUGUAGAAUGAGAUACUUAACGAAUAAUAUUUGACUGCAUCUCCAUAUUUAUUAAAAAUACGUUGUUAGAAAAACAUCGCCUUUAAGUAUAUUUUUUACUGUCCAAUGUUUUUGCAAUUAUUUUUGAUUCAAAUUAUUUUUAUUUUGGAGCAAUACUUUUCGUCGUUUAACAUCAUUUGCAGAAUAUUAAAUGAUCCUUAAAAGAAGUCGAGACAAAUUAUAAAUAAUAUGUCGAGAUGAGUAAAUUUUUAAAUAAUGAUGCUUCUUAAUUGGCAGUAAAAAUUAGAAUAUUUAUUAAAUUAAAAAUAUUUGAAGACCAAUAUUGGACUCAAAAUGUCAAUUACAUUCUUCGUUUUGUAGAAUGAUUUAAAUUUCGCUUUCGCUAAAGAUUUUUCAAAAGCAGUUUCGAUUGAAAUUCAAUCGAAAUCAAGAUAUAAUUGAUUAUUAUAAAAUUACAGUAGGAUUAAUUUGUCCAAAAUUUUGUAUUCUAUGAAAAAUAAUAACAACUAAUAAGAUGGUAUCAAUGUGUGUACAUGCCUGUUUAAUGUGAAAUUUUUUGAUCUAUUCUAUUUUAGAUAUAUUACGAAACUUUGAAUCGAAUGGAACAGUUCUCUGACAUUUCGCUAGUAUUGUCAGUAGCUUUACUGUAAUAUUAACAAUUUAUACUUUUAAUUUUGUUGUCAAUUUCAAAAUGUCGUUAGAUAUUUGUUCAAGAAGAAAAGUUUCGUAAAAUAUCGAAAAUAUAAAUUAUCAAAAAAGUGUGGAUGAAAAAAUGAACUUUAUUACGAGAAAGUAACAUAACAUGAAUGACGAUUGAAAAUAAUUAAAAAGUAUUUAAAAAAUAAAUAUAGAUUAAUUAAAUAAUAAUUUUUUAAUUUAAAUAAAUGUUAUUUUCUAGAUGAAUUGGUACAAAAGAUUUGAGCAUUUUUUUAAAAUAUGAAAUUUUUACAUUUUUAAGUGAUAUUCAAUUCUUUUUUAAUCAAACCAUAAACCUAUACGCUUAGAAUCAAGCUACACCUGUUCUUAGACGAAUAAACCAAAUUCUGUAAAAAUUGUUGUCUACGUUUUAUUCGAUAUGAAUUUUGUGGUAGGAAUUAGAAGGUCAAUGAAUUCCAUGUUGUUUCUCCAAAAGUUAAACGAAUUUGUAGAUCAUUCAUUCUAUUGGUCAUUCGAUAUUUCUACAGAUCGAGGUAUCUUCUAAUGUGACUGUGUCAAAGAAGUAUUAAAUUGGAACAAAUAUACGAUUGUUACAUUUGCAAA